UCACAUGGAAGAAAGAACCAACAUGGAUGCUGCUGACGACAUCGCAGUCAUCGGGAUCGGAUGCAACUUCCCGGGAGGUGAAGGCUUGGAUAAUUUUUGGAGGGUUCUGUCAGAGGGCAAAAAUUGUGUUGUGGAUAUUCCAGCUGAGAGGUUUGACAAAGAUUCCUGGUAUGAACUUGAUGGCAGCAAACCUGGAAAGACGCAAACCACCAAAGCUGCUUUCAUAGACGGGUUCAACGAAUUUGACCCCAAAUUUUUUGGCAUUCCUGAGGCAGAGGCGGAUGUCAUGGACCCUCAGCAGAAACUGCUCCUUCAAUGCUCCUUCAGGGCCUUGGAGGAUGCCAGCAUCCCCAUGGAGCGCAUCAGUGGAAGCACAACUGGAGUUUAUAUUGGUCUAAUGAACCGAGACUAUGAGAUGCUGCGAAGUAAUAACCCCGCCUCCAUAAAUCACUACAACGCCACGGGGACGGCCAUGAGUCUGGCAGCCAACAGGAUCUCCUUUGUCUUCAAUCUCACCGGGCCAUCGUUUGCUGUGGACAGUGCAUGCUCCUCCUCCCUGGUGGCUCUACACGUAGCUUGUCAGGCGAUAAGACAAGGGGACUGUGAGAUGGCACUGUGUGGAGGGGUCAACUGCAUUUUGGAGCCUCGGGUGUUUGUGGCCCUCAGCAAAGCCAGGAUGAUUUCGCCCGAAGGCACCAGCAAGCCCUUCUCCAGCCGAGCAGAUGGCUACGGCAGAGGCGAGGGCUGCGGUGUCGUUCUUCUCAAGCCGCUCAAAAAUGCAUUACAAGACUGCAACAAAAUCUGGGGUAUCAUUGCCAAAACAUCUGUCAACCAAGAUGGAAAUUCAGUGUCACCAAUCACCAAGCCGUCCUUGCAUCAACAAGAGGCGCUGCUGCGACAAAUAUACUCCGAGCGUGACCUCGCCAAUGUCCAGUACAUCGAGGCCCAUGGAACUGGAACCCCCGUUGGAGAUUUGGCAGAGGCAACAAGCAUCUCAAACGUGGUUGCCAAAUCUAGAGACGGUGGUGCAGACACUCUAUGGAUCGGCUCUGUGAAGGGAAAUAUUGGACACACAGAAUCUGCGGCCGGGGUGGCCGGACUCAUCAAGGUGCUCCUCAUGAUGAAGCACCAGACCAUCGUUCCAUCUGUUUUCUACUCCCAAGACUGUUCCAGCAUAAAUGCUGAAGUCAUGAGAAUUAGUAUUCCAACAAAAGCUGAAGGGUGGGGAACGAAUGGAUCGUGUCAACGGGUGGCUGGCAUUAACAGCUUUGGGUUUGGAGGCACAAAUACACAUGUAAUUGUAAGAGAGUAUAAACAGACUGCAAAUGUCGCACACAUCCCAAAAGAUGGUCCCAGGAUUUUUGUGACAUCAGCAGCCUCUGAGGAAUCCUUGAUCCGAUCCCUCGCUGAUAUCCACAGACGGCUUCUCGACGGCCAAGCAGCUGACGCGCAGGCAUUAUCCUUUACCUCUGCUUGUGGACGGAGCCACACAAAGCACAGAUAUCGCAGGGCUUUUGUCUUCUCAUCCCUUUCAGAUUUACAGGAUCAGCUUCUGUCUUCAUUGAAAGCAAAGGUGGCCUUGACAUUGUCAAACACUGAGGUAGUGUUUGUGUUCAGUGGAAACGGUGUUGCCUUCAAAGGCAUGUGCAGGCAGCUCUUUAGCACCCUUCCUUAUUUCAAAGACAAGGUGCAGGAGGUGGAGGUCCUCUUUCAGAAGAAGAACCAACACAUUAGAAUCAGUCAGUGGCUUUCCGAAGAGUGGGACACGGUUGACCUGAGCCAGCCAGAUGUUGUCCAGCCUUUGCUUUUUGCUCUUCAGGUUGCCAUAGCAGCUCUCCUGAAGCACUGGGGCAUCAAACCUGACACAGUGCUGGGACACUCCUUAGGCGAAGUCGCUGCCGCUCACUGCUCUGGUUUGUUGUCUCUCGAAGAUGCUGUCAAAGUGGUCUACCACCGCAGUGUGCUUCAAAGUAGGGUUAUCUAUGGAAAGAUGCUUGUGGUGGGCAACAUACUUUUAGAAAAAGUGCUGAUAGCUCUUGAGGAUUUCUCACAAAAUAUUUGCGUGGCUGCCUUCAACAGCCCGCAGGCUUGCACUUUAUCAGGAGAUGAAGGUGCGGUAAAUGUCCUCCAUGAGAAACUCAACAGGAUGUACGCUGAUGAGAAUAUCUUUCUUCAUAUCUUAGAUGUUCCAGCAGCUUACCACAGUCAUCUCAUGGAUCCUAUCCUUGAAGGCAUUCAGAGUCAUCUGGCUUGCCUGGCUGUCAACGACAUAGAAUGCAAGCUAUUUUCUACUGUGACAGGAGCCAAGUAUGUGUAUGGUGACUUUGGAACCGGAAGCUACUGGGCAAAGAACAUCAGGCAACCAGUUUUGUUUGAGCAAACACUGCGGGCUGUCGAAAGAGAUAAGCAGUCAAGAAGAAACAUGGUCUUUGUGGAGAUUGGACCUCGCAGGGCUCUUCAAAGGCACAUCCACGAAACACUUGGAAAAGACAUUAUUGUUCUCUCUGUUCGACCGCAUAAAGAAUAUGAUACCAUCUUGUCUACAGUGGGGAAACUAUUUGAACUGGGUGUCAACGUACACUGGCAGGACCUCUACCAAGGUUAUAAAGCACCACCCACAGCGUUCCCACUCUAUCAGUUUGACAACACACAGAAAGAGGUCUACUUUGAGGAUGUCAGACAAGGAAACGAUUUGUCUUCUUCCUCUUCUUCACCACAUCCGCUGUUGUCCCAAAUAAAGAAGAACAACAAAGAGUACGUAUGCAAUCUCACGACGGAGACCAUGCCAUAUCUCUGGGAGCACAAGCAUAACGGCGUUGCCAUCGUCCCCGGCGCCUUCUAUGUGGAGCUGGCUUUCGCUUCUGUGGUGGCCUAUCUGAAGCCGAGGAGGCCCAUCUCCUUUAUCGAGCUCAGUGUGACGUUUCACAAUCUGCUCAGCGUGAACAAUCACCAGUUGAAAGUGAGGUUUGAAGAAACCGACGGUGUCUUUACAAUAAGCUCCUCUGCUGACCCUCACACCUCUGGUACAUUCAGAUGCGUGGAUGGACCAGCUGUGUUGGAGGAACCAAGUAUUUGUCUGGAGGGAAUCUUUAAAAGGUGCACUUUGAUCGUAACGGCUGUAGAGUUUUACGCCAUUCUUUCUAGAGCAGGAUUUGAUUAUGGAUUUGUGUUCAAACAGCUGAACAAUGUUCAUUUUGGUGAUGAGUUUAAAGAGGCUGUGACAGCAAUCCAUGUUCAAAAAGAACUCCUGAAUCAUCUUCACAACUACUUCAUGCAUCCUGUCCUGUUGGACUAUUUCUUGCAAAUGACUGCUGUCGCAGCCAUGAGGCGUCUCUCAGUCAAGCAAGGAUUCCCCUCGGCUAUUGGCAAGAUUGUCAUUUCAGGACCACCACAAGAGGAGAUGUUUAUUUACAUGCGUGCAACGGAAGAGAAGCCAGACUUCCUUAAAUUGUGCGGUUGCUUUACUACCAAAGAUGGGAAAGUACUGGUGGAACUUCAGGAAGUACAGAUAACAUUUUUGGGUGGUUGUUUGCCUGCUCUGCAUUCUGUGUUUUACCACAAUGAAAUCAUUCCCAUCACAAACAAGAUAAAUUGUGAUAAGAAGAUAAAGGCAAUAGUUUUUGCAGACAAGCUCGGCAUAGCUAAAGCACUCAAGCCAUACUUGCAUCCGGAGUCGUCUUCCGUGGAGGACAGAAAUCACUUGACACCAGGCCAGCUCCAAGACGUUGUUCUCGGCAACAACUUGAGAGAUUUUCUCUUCAUUUGGGCCGUAGAAGAUCUCAGCCACUUACCAUCUGGUAGAACGCUGGACCGCCUGGUGGCCUGCUGUGAGUCAUUCCAACAAAUCAUUUUAGCUUUGAAGGAGAGCCAACAAUCUUGCACUGUCCGUGUUAUAACCUACAGGUCCACAGAGAGGAUUGUAGACUGUGUGAGUUCUGGUUUUGUGCUGUCUGGUAUGAUGAGGGCUUGUGCGGCAGAGGUACCGGGUGUCUCUUUUCAACUCAUUGACCUGAUGUCGCUAACCAGAACAGACAUUGAAUCUUUAGUUGGUGUCAUUAACUCUUGCAAACAAUCCGAAGUCAUUGUUGGUCAAGGACAGGUGUCGACGACAAAGAUAACACGUACGCUCAUGGAGGAGAGAGUUUUAUUUAAGGGUAACAUACCAUCAGUGAAAGAUUUUGUCCUACAGACCGGUCAUCCUUACAGACUGGAAGGUUUGACUGCUAGCCCCAUUGACACAAAUGACGGCACGGUUGCGGAUAAAUCAGUCGAGGUUCAACUACUAAAUGUGUGUGUCCAUUCAGCGGAUUACUUCCCUGUGACACUUUCACACUUGCAUUUUGGAAAGACAUUGUAUUGGAAUAAUCGCAUGACACACAACCACACGCUGUUGGCUCUCGACUUUAGCGGCAUUGUGACAGCCGUCGGGAAAGACGUUUGCAGCCUAAGAGUUGGCGACCGCAUUGCCGCAAGUUACCCAUCUGCAACAGCAAUGAGGGUCGUUAUUCCCGAGUCUGUUUGUUACAACACCGAGAAACUUCCAUUCCUGGAAGAAUGUCCAAGCAUGUCCUUCUUCAUCCUGGCGUGGGAGCUCCUGCAGCGGAUGCUUCCCACUGUGACACGGCAACAGCAGAAAAAGAUGGUCAUUGUCACUCCAGACUUAGCCUCUGCGUUGAUGAAAGUGCUAGCGUUGACAGCAAACCGAUCUGGCUGGAAUGUGUCCUGUUUGCCCCAUUUGCCAAAGCAAGGUACAAGUCCUGACCCGUGCCAAGCCUUUGUCUUCCUGCCCCCAUAUGACAACUCUUGGCAAGAAUUAAGAGAAAACGACAGCCAUGAGCGACAUGCUGUUUUUGUUUGCGGAACGCACCAGUCAUCCUCAUGCUGGACAAACAGCUUUGCGUUCAAGAGUGACUUCCUUCGUGUGCAUGUUCUCCAUGUCCCUCAUGUCCUUCAAAGAGUUUAUCUCAAAGCACAAGGAGGAGCCAUCUUUAGGUGGCUCAUGAUGCUCGGCUUUGAUCGAGCAUCUCUGCCUGUCAAAAGGGAUACAUUUCAAAUCUCAAGCGCAGCAGAAGCUCAGGCUGACGAGUCGUACUUUGCCGCCAAGACAGUGCGCCAAGUGGUUUUAGAUUUGACAGCACCUAACUGCCAAGUGUCAGACAUUCCAUUUCUGGGCAAACCCAGACAACUUUUUCAAAAACACUCUACUUAUAUCGUAACGGGAGGCCUCACCGGUUUGGGUUUUGAAACUGUUAAGUUCAUUGCCAGCAAUGGCGGCGGGUGUAUCGUGACACUGUCCAGACGCAUGCCAACGCAUGAAAUGCAGUCCGAACUGGAUCUCAUCCAGAAGAGGUACAACAUCACCAUCAUGACCUUCCAGUGUGAUGUUUCAAUGUUGCAACAAGUAGUGGAAGCCAUCUCAAAGAUUGAGCAGAGAUUGAGUAGUUGUCCCAUCAAAGGAGUUUUUCACAGCGCUGCCGUGCUCCACGAUGCACCCAUAGAAAAUCUCAAUGCGUCUCUCCUGCAGAAGGUUCUGCAGCCUAAAGUGAGUGGCGCCCUGAAUCUCCACAAUGCCACCCUUCACAAGAAGCUUGACUUCUUUGUGUGCUACUCCUCCAUCUCGUCGCUUCUUGGUAACCAAUCGCAGUCCAACUACGCAGCAGCCAAUUCUUUCCUUGACACCUUUUGUCUUUACCGGAGGAACCUUGGUCUGGCCGGACAGUCCAUCAACUGGGGUCCUCUGAACCUUGGCCUUCUGUUAAAAAAAAAGCACGCCCAAAAGCACCUAGAGAGCAAAGGGAUGCUGGUCAUGGACGUGGGAGAGAUUCAUGAAGCUCUCGCCAAAGUCCUUCUCACCAACAGACCUCAGCAGGUCGUAUGCAAGUUCAACUUGAAAAACGCCUCACUCGGAAAACGACUAUCAACCUUAGUGGACGCAGAACUAAAAGACAACAGGACCAUUGAGCCGCCAGUUCACCAAUCGUCUCCCUCACGUAAAAAUGUGAAAACUAUCAUCGGCGACGUUAGCAACCUUGGUGAGGACGAGUUGGAUGAUAACGCCGCGCUGGGUGCGCUGGGCAUCGACUCGAUGUUGGCCAUGACACUUCAGAAUAAAAUCUUUCAAGAGACGAGUGUAAAUGUACCGUUGGUCAGGAUACUGGACCCGAACACGACAGUGGCAACUUUGGAAAGUUUUGUGAUAAAUAAUAAUAUCAUUUGAUUGAUGUAGAUGACA